CGGUGUGAGCGUUGCCCGGGGUCCCGAGCGUCCCCGAGAGUCCGCGAGCGCGACGAGCUCGAGGCGGAAGCCCGGCGCCCGCGUCCCUGCUCGCCCCCUCGCCGUGCCCCGGGGCCAGAUCGAACCAUGAGCUACCCAGGCUAUCCUCCACCUGCUGGUGGCUACCCCCCAGCUGCACCAGGUGGCGGUCCCUGGGGAGGUGCUGGCUACCCCCCACCCAACAUGCCCCCUAUUGGGCUGGAUAACGUGGCCAACUAUGCAGGGCAGUUCAACCAGGACUACCUCUCGGGCAUGGCAGCCAACAUGUCGGGGACAUUUGGAGGCGCCAAUGUGCCAAACAUGUAUCCUGGGGCCCCUGGGGGCGGUUACCCUCCAGUGCCCCCUGGUGGCUUUGGGCAGCCCCCUCCUGCCCAGCAGCCUGUCCCCCCAUAUGGAAUGUAUCCACCCCCUGGGGGAAACCCACCCCCUGGGAUGCCCUCAUACCCACCAUACCCAGGAGCUCCAGUACCAGGCCAGCCCAUGCCACCCCCUGGGCAGCAGCCCCCAGGGUCCUAUCCUGUGCAGCCGCCAAUGACCUACCCUGGGCAGUCACCAAUGCCACCCCCGGGCCAACAGCCAGUGCCAAGCUACCCAGGAUACUCGGGGUCUGGGACCGUUACCCCUGCUGUGCCUCCGUCCCAGUAUGGAAACAGAGGCACCAUCACAGAUGCUUCCGGCUUUGACGCCAUGCGGGAUGCUGAGGUCCUACGGAAGGCCAUGAAGGGCUUUGGAACGGAUGAGCAGGCCAUCAUCGACUGCCUAGGGAGCCGCUCCAACAAGCAACGGCAGCAGAUCCUUCUGUCCUUCAAGACAGCCUACGGCAAGGAUUUGAUCAAAGACCUGAAGUCAGAACUCUCGGGGAACUUCGAGAAAACGAUCUUGGCUCUGAUGAAGACCCCGGUUCUGUUUGAUGUGUAUGAGAUCAAGGAAGCUAUCAAGGGGGCUGGCACUGACGAGGCCUGUCUGAUUGAGAUCCUCGCUUCUCGGAACAACGAGCACAUCCGGGAGCUGAGCAGAGCCUACAAAACAGAGUUCAAAAAAACCCUGGAGGAGGCCAUUCGAAGUGACACAUCAGGACACUUCCAGAGGCUCCUCAUCUCUCUCUCUCAGGGAAACCGGGAUGAAAGCACAAAUGUGGAUAUGUCCCUUGUCCAGAGAGAUGCCCAGGAGCUAUAUGCAGCUGGGGAGAACCGCCUGGGCACAGACGAGUCCAAGUUCAACGCCAUUCUGUGCUCCCGGAGCCGGGCCCACCUGGUGGCAGUUUUCAACGAAUACCAGCGGAUGACAGGUCGAGAUAUCGAGAAGAGCAUCUGCCGGGAGAUGUCUGGAGACCUGGAGCAGGGCAUGCUGGCCGUGGUGAAGUGCCUCAAGAAUACCCCCGCCUUCUUUGCGGAGAGGCUCAACAAGGCCAUGAGGGGAGCAGGCACAAAGGACCGGACCCUGAUUCGCAUCAUGGUGUCUCGCAGCGAGAUUGACCUCCUGGACAUCCGCGCGGAGUAUAAGAGGCUGUACGGCAAAUCGCUGUACCAUGACAUUACGGGAGACACUUCCGGGGACUAUCGGAAAAUUCUGCUGAAAAUCUGUGGUGGCAAUGACUGAGCAGUGAACGUGGCUUCAACUCCUGCUGGCACCAGCCACGCCAGGAAAAAGCCCAAAGAAUAUCCCUCAGUUUCUCCCCAUCCACACAGCAGCCCCAGUGCACCGUCUGUCCCUGCCGCCUGGGCCCUGUCCUUCCGUCCCUCCUCAGGGCCCAGGUGGGCCCAGGUGGGCCCGCGCGCUCAGGACGCCUUCUCCUCCACUCCCUCCCGGCCGCAAGCUGUCAGUAGAUGUCUCUCCCGGCUCGUGCCGUCGCUCCUCGUUGCUUGUGGCUGACUCUUAGCUUCGAUUUAGUCAUGCCAUUUUUUUAUUUUUAUUUGAGGCGUAUUUUUUUAAUCAUUAUUGCUAGACAGCUGCAUACAGGUAUGUUUACGUGCCUAUUUCUGGUGAGAGUGAUAGGAUGGGUGGCAUACUCUGUCCUCACUGAGGAUAAAAGGGAAGUCUUGUAAGAGUGAGGUUCGUAUCUGGUGAGAAUGUGUCAUGAGCUUUGUUUUUGCCAAACUCACUCCUUUCUAGAAAAAGGCCAGAAAGUCAUUUGUUCCAUCGUCCAUGCAAAGCCACAAGAAAAAAGCCCAUUCUCCGCCAGUGACAGGGCUUCUAAGAGUUUGGAAUGUGCCUUAAACCUGAAUGUCUAUAGCCAAAAGCUGUUUCCAAAUUAAAGUCAGUCAGCUCUGGAA